AUGUCGGGGCGCGGCUGGGAUUUCGGUGCCGGAGGAGACAGCCAGCAGGAGUUUACCCAGACUCAGGAAGAGAGUGGUCUAGAUUUGGACGAGUACACUCAGGUGGAGCCCGUGGUGGACGCUGGCGCCGAAGAUGGCGAGGAUUCGAAUCGCGCAGCAGAGCCGGUUCCUUGGGGUCGGCUGAUGAGGCUGUCGGGGGGCCCCGCGAUAUCGUUGAUGCCGCGACCGGAGCAAACACAGGGUCGCGCGCUGAACGAAGUCACGCUGGGAAGGGGCAAGAUGUGCGAGGUCCAGGUAGCGGACCGGAGAAUAAGCAGCAAGCACUGCCGGAUCUACUGCGAGCACCUGUCGGGUCAUCUGGGAGGAACGGAGGUGUACGUGGAGGACAUGAGCGCAAACGGGACCUGGAUCAACCAACGCAUGAAGCUCGUGCGGGGACAGCGGCGGUUGCUUCAUAGCGGCGACGAGAUCUCACUGCUCAACCCCUUCAAGAAGAAGGCCGCCGCCGCUGCCGCCGCCGCCGGCGUGGCGAACGGCGAAGAUAAGGGUGAGGCGGAGAAGGGGGGUGGGGAAUCGGGUCGCGAGGAAGACGAUCCGGAGCUGCUGGAGGCAUCGACCUUCACCUUCGUCAACCUCAACAGAAAUAGGGGCGCGUCCCAUGGGCGUGCCGGGAGCCUGACCGUCGCCGAGACGCUGCGGGCCGGCACUGUCCCGGGGGUGAGCUCUCCGGUGCUGCGGAGUAGCGCGAGUGGCGUGGCGGGAAUGUUCGGAGGGGCUCGCAAGGUGGAGGACUUCUACGACGUCCGAGAGAUGAUCGGGCACGGGACCAGCGGGGAGGUGCGGCGGGCGAUCAACCGGACGACGGGGAAGGAGGUUGCGGUUAAGGUCAUCGAGACUCGCAAGUUCGCACUGACGCCGGGGCUGACGCCCAAGGAGCUGGUGCAGGAGGCCGAGAUGCUCAAGCGCGUGGACCACGAGUACAUCAUCAAGCUCGAGGACAUCUUUCAGACGGAUCAAGCAGUGUACCUGGUGAUGGAUCUCGUCAGCGGGGGCGAUCUGUUCGACCGCAUCGUGGAGAAGGGCGUCUACGCCGAAGACCUCGCGCAGGAGCUCCUGUUCCGAGUUCUCACCGCCGUCGAAUACCUCCACUCUCAGGACAUCGUGCACAGGGACCUGAAGCCCGAGAACAUCCUCCUCGUUGGCCGCGACAACGACGUGGACGUGAAGAUCACCGACUUCGGCCUGGCGAAGCGCGCGAACAAGGAGGGGCUCAAGACAUUCUGCGGAACCCCCCAGUACUUCGCGCCCGAGGUGCUGAAGCGGCGGAACACGGUGCUGGGUGUGGGGCGCUACGGGAAGGAGGCGGACAUGUGGAGCGUAGGCGUGAUCUUGUACAUCCUGCUCAGCGGGACGCACCCGUUCCACACGACCACGCUCUUCGACCAGAUCACCCACGCGCACUACAGCAUGACCGGCGAGGAGUGGGAGCACAUCAGCACCACCGGCAAAGACCUGGGCGACGACGCGGUGGGCGUGGGAGGCCACGCAGGAAGAGCGGCAGUAGCCGAGGCGGCGGCGGUGGGGCGGAGCUCUAGCCAGGACACGGACGUGUCGUCCACCAGCGGUGCGGAGGACGCGUCUCCGGCGUCCAAGGAGAGCUUCUCCCCGACGGAGGGCGGGGGUGCGUCGGCGAAGCCGGUUCCUUCGUCGUCGUCGUCGUCGUCGUCCGCGACGGCGAGGUCUCCCAAGGACAGCAGGUCUGCCUCCAAAGACGCGGCACAACCGCCCCCGAGGGGCUCGGCGCCAGAGUUACCGCCACCCCAGCCGAGGGAGCCGGUGAAGGCUGCCGGUGGCGGCGGCGGCGGCGGCAGCGGGCAGGGGAGAGGCCGCAAGCGUGCCAAGAGAGACGGCGGCGCCGGCGACAAGCAGAAGCCCCCGGCUAGGUUUUCUCAGCUCCAAUGCGUCCGAGUGGUGAGCGGUGGGGAUCAAGGGCCAGGGGCCGGUUGUUCUUCCAGCCAGGACGCAGCAGCGGCGGAGGACUGCAACGGGGUUCGCCCGAGUUCCACCCCGACGGGGGCGGGGUCUGCCGCUUCCAGCAAUGGAAAGGGAGGGGCGGGUCGGGCGGCGGGCGGGAAGGCGGCACCACGAGCCCAAGGGAGUAAGGCACGUCUGAACGGGCGAGUUGCCGGGGCAGAUAGCCCUGCCGCCGGAACGACGGGGAAGCGGAAGGCGGCAGCAGCGGCGGCGGCGGCGGCGGUGGGCGGCGGAGCCCAGCGUCCGGCGGAGGGGAGGGUGUCCACGCGGCAUUCCCCGCGUCGUGCUGGUCGCGGCGGCGGCGGCGGCGGCGGCGGCGGUGGUGCGGUGAGCGCCGCCGUCGAGAGUGUCGCCGCGCCCGGUAGCCUCCCGGCUGACGACGAGAUCAUGGAGUACAGCAGCGAUGACUCGCCCGCCAAGGGGAAGCGCGCGAGGGUGUGCCGGGCACGGCAGCAACAAGAGGCGGUUGCUGCCGCCGCCGCUGCUGCUGCCCCCGCGGCGAGAUCAAAGCGAGCAACCGGAGCGCAGGCGGGGCGGAAAAGAGCCGCCGUAACAGCAGCGACGCCGGCAUCGUCGGUGGCGCCGGAGGUGGCUCAGAAACCAGCGGGGAGACCGAACGCAAGAGCGCCACCUCCUGCCCCGAAACAGCAACAGCAGCAGCAGCAACGGGACACAAAAGGUGGCAAGCAGAUGCACCUAAACUUCGGCGGCAGCGGGAAGCUGAACCUCUCCAAGCAGGGUCCUCCUCCUUUGGCGGCGCGAGCAAGCGCCGCAGGCGGCGCUUCUUCUAACGGUAGUGGUAGCGCCACCGACGCCGGGGAGCGGGGACGACCGAGCGGCGACCAGGCGGCCCAGGAGGCGGCCGGAGGAGCGGCUGCAAAGGUGGAAGAGUCGGUCGGGGGAGGGGGGCCCGCGGGCGGCAGCAGUGGCAGUGCUUCCAGCAACGCGGUUAGCGCAGAUGGCGGCAAGGCCGGGCAUGGUGGUGGUAGUGAUGAUGGCGGCAAGAAGCAGACGAAGGGAGGGAGCAAGCCUCAGCGCACGAUGACGCACUUGUGGAAGCGAGCGGGCGCCGGACAGGCGUGA